AUGUCAUUCUUUGCUUCAGCUGUUCAAAUUUCUUAUGCUGACCAUUGUGCUUCAGUUGUUCCUGAGUCAACCGAAAAAAUAAAUGCACGAUCUCACUUGGUACAUCUGAUUCACACAGGUUACUACUACACUGGUGGUGGCAGUGACAUUCUUAAUCUAUACUCGCCAAAUGAUCAGGUCAAAAAUUCUAUUGGCUUCCAAUGCUGGGACAUUAGAGAAACUAAUGUACAAGGGUUGUUCAAGGUUGAAGGAACUCUUGAGUUUCAAGUAACCCACAGGCAUGAGCAGCAAAGCCUGCCAGUUCAAACAUUUCCAGGUUCCGUUUCCUUUAGACUAAAUGGAUUCUGGUCAGAAUCUUCUGGGAAGCUUUGCAUGGUCGGAUCAUCAUCCAUUUACUCAGCACAAGGUAAACUUCUUGUUCUUAAGCUGUACAAUAUCAUGAAUUCCACUAGUGUUACAAGUUUGAUUAGUGGAACCUUCGAGCAUGUCAUGAUAACUGAGAAUGAUCCCAAGUAUUUGGGACCAAUCUCUAUUUUGCUAUUCCCUCGCAUGAACUACAAGUACACUUUGGUCUCAACUAAUUCUAAUAACAGUUGCUCUGGUGGAAGUGAAGAUACCCCAAGCUCUUUACAAGUAGAGAGAUUUUGUUCACUACUAUCAUCAGUGGUACUAAAUCAUGACUUUCAACUCAAAUAUUCAAGCCACUGUGUUACUGCAAAGAACUGCACCCCAAUUUCUAUGUCUGAUUGGCCUUGGGCUGUAUCGUUGAAGGACAUUGUGUGUUCAGAGGAUAAACGAAGGGUGAGAGUUCUGGUAGAAUUUGUAGACGAUUGGCCAAUCUGGCAUCCAAGGCUCUUCAAUCCUAGUACAAGUUUAGUUGGUGAAGGCUCAUGGGAUGCAGAGAAGAAUCAGCUAUGUAUCAUUGCUUGUCGAAUCUUGAAUGAAACAAAUUCUUUGAAUAAUACUAAUGUGGGUGAUUGUUCAACAAGAUUGAGCUUGAGAUUUCCUGCAACAGGGACAAUUGGAAGUACCAGCAGCAUUGUGGGGCAUAUUUGGAGCACCAAAACUGUGACAGAGUUGGGCUACUUUGAAAAGAUCACAUUUGCCAGUGGGGAGGACUGUAGUUAUCAAGAGUGUCUGCUUCCAGCUGGACAGAAAUACGAGUAUACUAAAAUGGACAAAGUAACAGAGUUGUGCUCGAGAAAGAAGGCUGCUAAUGACAAGGCCAGCAUUUACCCAAAUCUGUUGUUGCAUGCCAUGAGUUUCAUUAUGCAUGCUGAAAAUUCUGAAGGGCAAGUUGGUACAGGCAAUGGUGUUCCCCUUUCUGUUGGCGAUCAAUUUUACAAGACCGAUUAUUCAACUGUAAGCAAUCAAGAAUACUCUUUGGCUCCUCUAAGUCACAGCUACAACUACAGCAGCUCCUACAAUAUUAGCUACAAAAUAGACCUCCAUCUACAAUCUAAUCCAGCGUUGGGCAAACAGUCAGUUAUAUAUGAUAUGCACAUCUCUGCUGAAGGGAUCUAUGAUGAUACAGAAGGAAGCCUGUGCAUGGUAGGAUGCCGCAAUCUUGGCUCAAACAGUCAGCAGGCAACAAAUGAUUCAAUAGAUUGUGAGAUUCUUGUCAAUUUUCAGUUCCCACCAACAAAGGCAAAGGAUUCACAUCAUAUCAAAGGAAGCAUUGAAAGCACACGAAAGAAAUCUGAUCCUCUUCAUUUUGAACGCUUGGAUUUGUCUACAGCUUCCAAGGAUGUAGGAAAGCGAUCUAUUUGGAGGAUGGAUGGGAAGAUUACCUUGGUUCUUAUAUCCACCACACUUGCAUGUGUUUUUGCUGCAUUACAACUCUUCCAUGUAAAAAGAAAUCCUGAAGUCAUUCCCUCUAUUUCCAUCUUAAUGCAUCUAAUGCUAACCCUUGGCUACAUGAUACCUCUGGGGAUAAAUUUUCGAGCCAUGUUCACGCAUGAUAUAAACAGCCAAAAUGUGUACCUUGGAGGCGGUGGAUGGCUUGAAUAUAAUGAGAUAAUCAUAAGAAUAACAACAUUGGUAGCUUUCUUGAUACAAUUCCACCUUCUGAAGCUAACUUGGUCAGCAAAAUCAGGAAAUAGAACCCGAAAGGAUCUCCAGGUCAUGGAAAAGAAGGCUCUGUUUGUGGCUUUACGAGUGUAUGCCAUAGGGGCUUUAGCAGCUUUGUUUCUGCAUACGCAGAACCUGAGGAAGAGGGACAAUGGCAAUGUGUUGCAUUAUAUAGAGUAUUCCAUCUUGGAUGCCUUGAUAUCUUAUGGUGGUCUGGUCUUGGGUGGUUUUUUGUUCCCUCAAAUUCUGCUCAACAUGUUCUGCAAAUCAAGAGAAAAUGCUCUAUCAGUCUGGUUCUACUUUGGAACAACUUUUGUUCAAGCGCUGCCACAUGCAUAUGACCUUUUCAGGGCUCACAGCUAUGCUGGUGACCAUUUGGACAAGUACUCUCACAUUGAUCCAAGUCGUGCGGCAGAUUAUUUUCACUCCACAGCUUGGAAUGCCACUGCAAGCAGCGGAAGUCUACUGUUUGCUGGUAUCAUUUACUUACAGCAGCAGUUUGGGGGUCGUUGCAUUGCUCCUCGAAAGUUGCAAGAGUUGGGUGCAUAUGAGAAGGUCCCUACAGUUCAUGAAGAGUAA